AUGACGGCUUAUUACACAGGUCGGUUCUUGGGAUCGUUCCUCGCAGGUGUGAUUUAUUCUAGGAUGAAUACAUACCUGUUAUUUGGAAUUUCUCUGGUCAUGUUUGGCUUUGUGUUGGGAGGCAUUCCUUGGUGUGUAUACUACGAGCUGAUGAUUGGUGCGCAUGCCGUGCUCGGAAUCUUUGGUGGUAUUCUCCCUGUCGCUAUUUAUUCUGAAUCCGUACAAAUUUGGGGACCUACCAGAAGAGGGCGCUCAUAUCUAAUGCUACAUGGCGCAGUUUCAAUCAUCGCAAGUGUAUUGGCGCCUAUAGCCACGGGUCCGUUUCUUACAGAGAAACAAGAUGGAAUAUCCAACUCGUCAUUAUUAUCAGAUACUAACAAUUCUGUCAUAGGAAACGUUACAAUACCAUUCGUUUCCGAUGGUUACAUUACCGGAAGUUCUAUAUUGCCUCCGGAUCAGAACUCAUCUCGACUUUAUAUUGCCUAUUCUAUUUCCGCUGGCUUGUUCCUAGUAGUUGCUCUGCCAUUUUUCAAAUUAUUCCGAUUCUCUAAAUCUAACAAAACAGCAAUUUUAAAGAAAGAGAAAAACGAAUUCAUAGGAUUAUUUUCAAUAUUUCUGAAACGACUUCAAUUAUUUAACAUUGGCGUUUUUAGUUUAUUCCACAAUGCUUUCGAUUUUACGUUCACGGGUUAUUUGAGUACGUUUUGUGUAAAGUAUCUUCUAUGGACUAACAUGUCUGGGGCCAUGCUCACGUCUACUGCUUUUUUCACCAGACUUGUAGGAAGCAUAUUUGGUAUAUUUCUUGUCCGUGGAUUUCGAUCAGAUACACUUCUUUUACUCUCAACCACAGCGAUUACAAUAGGAUUUUUGGGAUUUACCGUCAGUGCGCAUGUCUAUAGUGAUGUAGGAGUCUGGAUAUCUGUAUGCGUCAUUGGGAUUCCUUUUGGUCUGAUAUGGCCGAAUUUCCUGAGUUGGAUUAAUGCGAGUUUGAUUCCAGUUAGGGGUGAAAUAUCGAGUUUUAUAAAUGUUACGUCAUUUCUUGGCGCUCUACUGGCGCCAAUGAUUUUUGGUUACGUGAUGGAGGAGAUAUCCCUUUUGUGGUUCUGUUAUUUGUGUGUGGGGAUAUCAACAAUCAAUAUUAUCAACGCUAUUUUGAUAGUGUGCUAUUCUAAAUCAAUGAAAACGUAA